UCAGGAAGGGGUGGUCCCGAGUAGGGGGAUAUAUAGGGAGCCGGGGUCUGUCCGUCUUUAAUGCAAAAUCAGAGCAGAAACUAGACGGCACAGUAGAAAAAAACCUGCGGCCGAAGUCACAUAGAAACUCAAACAGCUGUUGAGUAUUCAAGAGAGGGCUGAAAGAAUCACCAACGUUCCGAAGAGUUGGAAUUUAUCUACUGCUGAGCUUUUUUCGACCAAGAGAAUAUAAGAAGACUCGAGCUUGAAGCAACAAGAUAUGAAGUCUGAGCUGUAGACUAUUUUGAAUGGGUUUUGCACUGGAUUUGUUUCCGUUGUAGUUUUUUUACACUUACAGAAUUUCUGGAGGUGUUUUAGUUCUUGGACUGAUAUUUUUUAGUUAUUAGUGGAGUCUUUUACGGAUUUUACUUGCUUCCGCCAGACACUUCAAUAUAAUUUUAUCUUUCAGUUUGAAGGGUUUGACACGGAAUAUGAAGUGGUUCGUUUGUGUCUCGUUCAGUUUGAUUACCGCUCUGUGCGUGAGCGCGGCGCACGGCACAUGGGAGGAAAGUACAGUUAUACCGGUCAGACUCGACCCGGUUCGGCCGGAGAGGGAAGCCGAGCAGGGCCGGACCCUUUCGGUAGAGGAGCGAGAGAAGGAGUCGGAGAUGCGGGUCUACCGGUUGGACGUAUUUGGCAAACGGGUGGUCUUGGAGCUAGAGCCGGACCAGACCUUCCUGGCGCCUGGGUUUGUGUUCCAUGUGGUGGGGAGCCCGGAGUUGCAGGCGCAGCGGGAAUCUGACAGCAGCGCAGCCGAGACUCAGUGCUUCUUCUCGGGCACGGUGAACGGGGACGAGGACUCCGCAGCUGCGCUCAACCUGUGCCACGGACUACGGGGCGGCUUCUACCUCCAAGGUGAAGAGUACUUCAUCUAUCCCAAUAAUUCGACUGAUGCACAGUCUGUUGAUGGGGACCUCCACCUCAUUCGCCGGAGAGGUCGGGAAUCUUUUGCAGAGGAGAGCAGCUCAAAGUGUGGGGUCAACGAGGACGAGGACAGGUUGCCAGAGAAUCAGGAGACAAAAGUAAACCAUGGAACCACUAACUCAGACCACCCAGCCCACCACCAGCGGUCCAAGCGCUUCGUGUCCACGCCUCGCUUCGUGGAGAUCAUGAUCGUGGCCGAUCAGUCCAUGGCCGAGUUCCACGGUGCCGGACUCAAGCCCUACCUGCUGACCAUCAUGGCGGUGGCAUCGCGCCUCUACCGCCACCCCACCAUCCACAACUCCAUCAGCCUAGCCGUGGUCAAGCUCUUGGUUGUCUACGAGGAGGAGAGCGGCCCCCAGGUGUCGUCUAACGCUGCCCUGACCCUCCGCAACUUCUGCCAGUGGCAGCAGCAGCACAACCCGCCCAGCGACCGCCACCCAGAGCACUACGACACGGCCGUGCUCUUCACCCGAACGGACCUGUGUGGCGCCCACUCCUGUGACACGCUAGGCAUGGCGGAUGUGGGCACGGUGUGCGACCCGGAGAGGAGCUGCUCCAUCAUUGAGGACGACGGGCUGCAGGCGGCAUUCACCGUGGCACACGAACUCGGCCAUGUGUUCAACAUGCCCCACGACGAUUCCAAGCAGUGUGCCACCGUCAACGGUGACCAUUGGGGCUCGCACAUGAUGGCAUCCACCCUGUCCAACCUGGACCAACUCCAGCCCUGGUCGCCUUGCUCCGCCCUCAUGGUCACCUCCUUCAUGGACAACGGACACGGCCAGUGCCUAUUGGACAAGCCCCACAAGUCCCAGCCACUGCCUGCCACGCUACCCGGAACCGUGUACGACGCUGACCGCCAAUGUCGUCUGACUUUCGGGGAGGAGUCACAGCACUGUCCCGACCUGAGUACCACAUGUGUGGCGCUCUGGUGCACAGUGACCACAACCAACGGACUGCUGGUCUGUCAGACCAAGAACUUCCCGUGGGCGGAUGGGACGCUGUGUGGCCAUGACAGCUUCUGCCUGGCGGGACAGUGUCUGAGCAAGACGGAGGCCGCUCGUCACCAGACUCCAGUCAACGGUGCCUGGGGAGUAUGGGGACCAUGGGGAGACUGUUCCCGUACCUGCGACGGAGGGGUGCAGUUCUCCUUCAGGGACUGUGAUAGCCCUCUGCCCAAAAACGGGGGCAAGUACUGCGAGGGCAAGAGGAUCCAAUAUCGCUCCUGUAACACAGAAAUCUGCCCUGAUAGCAACGGUGUGUCGUUCCGCGAGGAGCAGUGUCUGGCCCACAACGAUAUUUCGUCACAGGUGUCGUUCGGUUCGGGAGAGGGCGUGGAGUGGGUUCCCAAAUAUGCCGGCGUCUCGCCCAAAGACCGCUGCAAGCUGGUGUGUCGGGCCAAGGGCACGGGCUACUUCUUCAUUCUGAAACCCAAGGUGGCUGACGGUACUCCCUGCAGCCCGGACUCCACCUCAGUGUGUGUGCAGGGUCAGUGUGUGAAGGCGGGCUGUGACCGAAUCAUCGGCUCCAGCCGUCGCUUCGACAAGUGCGGCGUGUGCGGAGGCAACGGCUCCACCUGCAAGAAAGUGUCGGGUGCCCUGGAGCGUGCCAGGCCUGGUUACCAGAACGUCGUGACCAUCCCCGCUGGCGCCACUCACCUGGACGUGAAGCAACGUGCCCCCGGCGGUGGUCGCCAUGACAACAGCUACCUGGCAGUGUUGCGCCAGGACGGCACCUACCUCCUGAACGGCGACUACAAGCUGAUGACUCUCGAAACAGACAUCGCCCUCAAGGGGGCGUUGCUACGAUACAGCGGUAGCUCCGCCUCCCUGGAGCGUCUACGCAGCUUCUCGCCCCUCCCCGAGGCCCUGACCAUCCAGGUAUUGUCUGUAGGCGACUCGCCCCGUCCCCGUGUCAAAUACAGCUACUUUGCCCCGAGACCCGCUUUGGCGUCACCUGGUGGUGGAACGGUGGCACGCCGCCAGUCCAUCAAUGCCAUCCGGGAGCUGGGGGACGCUGAGUGGACCCUGCGGGAGUGGGGCCCAUGCUCUCAGAGCUGUGGGGGCGGUACUCAACAGAGGGAGGUGCUGUGUCUGAAUCCCCAGGGGCGGCCAUCACGGGAGUGCCCGGAGGAGCUGCGCCCGUUGGCUUCACGCCCCUGCGCCCCACAACCCUGUCCUUCAUGGUUCCUGGGGGAGUGGUCGGCGUGCUCCAAGAGCUGUGACCGUGGGUUCCGCAAGCGCCCGCUACGCUGCGUGGGACACAACGGGCGUACGCUCGCCCACGAGAGCUGCAACCCCAAAGACAGGCCUCGACCACUGCUGGACUUGUGCAACCAGAGCGCCUGCUAAGACUGUCGGGACUCACCUCAUUAUUACGUCCCUGAAGAACAGCUCAUGAAAGAAAGAAAGAAAGAAAGAAAGAAAGAAAGAAAGAAAGAAAGAAAGAAAGAAAGAAAGAAAGAAAGAAAGAAAGAAAGAAAGAAAGAAAGGGGAAAUGUCAGGGGAGCUGAGAUGGAGGAAGAGUUUAAGUGGACACUUCUCUUUCGAAAAGCAUGCUGCUUUAGGUGCCAAUGACAUGCUUGUGUGUGUGUGUGUGUGUGGGGGGGGGGGGCUGUCUGUCCUAGCUGGACUGGACAGACAUCUUGGGGGGACUAUAUAUGCCAGAUGUAUCACUGUACAGAAUUGGCUACCUUGGGGUGAGGAUGUAUGUAUAUGUGUGAAUGGUCUCACUGCCACACAUUCCACUCCCUGUAUCGGUUGGAGGCACUUCCUGUUUCAAAGGGUGCAGAACAAAAGACAAUCCGAAUUGUCCCUCCUAAUCCAUACAACUUUGUAUGCAACCAAACUAACUCAAUACAGUUCAUUUCAAUCAACUUCGGUCAUUCCUGAAUAAGUUGAUGUGUGCUGCUAAUAUUCCAGUAGAAUCUCCCAAUAGACUCAUUCCAAUAGACUUAUUAUUCAAUAUGCAUCCUGGACUGAACAAAACCAAUUUCAAAGCCAUAUCUCUCGGCCCUGUCCUAGACCAAAGAGGUGUGUGAGCAAGCGAACGCGGUGUGUGUGUGUGGCUUCUCUCCUGCUACUACUUCAUAAGUAAGUCUGUCCUGCCUUCCGAGAAGGUUUUUUUUUUAUGAUGAUGUUUUGUACAGAAUAUCCAAACAUAAUUUAUUUUUGUUAAAUAUAAUCUUGUUGCUUUUUAUUAUUAUUAUUAUUAUUGUUGUAUUUUUAUUUGUUAUUAUAUUGAAAUAACAGAAGGAUGUAGAGUAUAUAGAGUAUUUAUACAGUAUUAUAUAUAUGGUCCUAGGUUUAUGAAUAAAGUAUCACGUUGAUCUAUA